GCGGCUGUUCGGAGUUAUUGUACUGUGCUGGAAUAAUGAAGGAUUCCUUUUCUUGUUGGGAAACUUCUUUGGGUGCAGUAAACUAUUGCAGUCCAGCCCGAACUCAUGUUUGGAUUUCUGUCAGAAUAAAAAGGGAAUCUCCCAGCCUCAUAACAGCAAGCUAGACUCGACUUUAAACAGUGUAGAUGUGGGACAAAGCAGGACUAUCCCCUCUGUGUUAUUGUUGUCAGCAUAAACAUCUGGUGGAAAUGUAGAUUUAGAACACCGAUUAAGUUAUUUUAAGUUAUUAUUUUAGUGUAAUCAGCUGGUUACAGUUAGACCAAUAACCGAUAACUCUAGUUAGAGAUCAGAGUGAACUGUUAGCUAACCAGAGGAUUGGCGCUCCUCUUUUUGAACAGAAGAAGAAGAAACUUAAUCAAAGUUGUCGUCGGAAAACUUCUGGACUCGCGCUUCGCAGCUUUAUGUUUACUAUCUGGCAGCCAUGUGGCGCCACCGAGCGGGUUAACGUUUCUCCUCUGCCUCGGUAACUCUGCGUCCAGGGUCUCCCGCUGAAAAAUGGAUGAUUCCAAGCCGAGAUACAGCAAAAGGCUGCGGGCUGGUACCCGGCGGCGUUACCAUGACGAUGGCAUCUCGGACGAGGAGAUUGAUGGAAGGAGGAUGUUUGACUUGGAGGAGAAGGUCAACAGUCAAAGGUUCAGUUCUGACCGUGUCGUUCGCAUGACGGGCAGAGACUUUUCCUACGAGUAUGUCCAGAAAGAAGGCCUGAGGGAACCGAUCAUCUUUGAAAAAUCAGAAGGACUGGGAAUCAAGAUGCCGGAUCCAGACUUCAGUGUCAACGAUGUCAAGAUGUUUGUGGGUAGCAGACGUAUGAUAGAUGUGAUGGACGUGAGUACUCAAAAGGGAACGGAGAUGUCCAUGGCUCAGUGGACACGUUACUACGAAACACCUCCGUCUCAGAGAGAUAAGCUCUACAACGUCAUCAGCCUGGAGUUUAGCCACACCAAGCUGGAGAACCUGGUCAAGAGACCUGCUACAGUGGAUCUCAUAGACUGGGUGGACAACAUGUGGCCUCGUCAUCUGAAAGAGAGACAGAGAGACUCCACCAACUCCAUCAAUGACAUGCAGUACCCCAAAGUUCAGAAGUACUGUCUGAUGAGCGUCCAAGGGUGCUACACAGACUUUCACAUCGACUUUGGAGGCACCUCUGUGUGGUACCACAUCCUCAGAGGGGGCAAGGUGUUUUGGCUGAUCCCUCCAACCCACCCGAACCUGGAGCUGUAUGAGAACUGGGUGCUGUCAGGAAAACAGGGAGAUGUGUUCCUGGGGGAUCGAGCUUCUGACUGUCAGAGGAUCGAACUGAAGCCAGGCUGCACCUUAAUCAUUCCAUCAGGAUGGAUCCAUGCUGUCUACACCCCCGUGGACUCCAUGGUGUUUGGAGGAAACUUCCUGCACAGCUUCAACAUCCCUAUGCAGCUAAAUAUCUGUAACAUCGAGGACAGGACGCGGGUUCCAGUCAAGUUUCGUUAUCCUUUCUUCUACGAGAUGUGCUGGUACGUCCUGGAGCGCUACGUCUUCAGCCUCACCAGGACCUCCUACCUGACUCCUGACUUCCAGAAACACUCCCUGGGUAUAGGUCUGAAGCGUCCCUCUGGCUCAGAAGCAGCCAGUGAGCUGCAGGAGGAUGAUGAUGAUGGGGAUGAAGAGUCUGACAGACUUCCAGUCCCGAUUCAUCUGACUCCUCUGGAGCUGGAAGGACUGUGGAACCUGCUGGGUAAACUGGAGGCUCUGCCAUCUAAUAAGAAGUGUGUCCCGGCAGGAAUCCAGAACGCCUCGGCCCUCAUCAUUCACAUCAAGGCUCUACUGAAGGAACAUGCUAAUGACAAUCCCAAGCUGUCCUACACGGGGAAACCCAUCAUCACGUGGCCGAAGAGGCCCUCGUGGUAUCAGCCUCCUCCUCCUCCUCCACCUCCUCCUCGGCCCAAACUGGCCACCACGUCCAUCAUUCCACGGCCUCAGAAACCAGCGUCCUCCAUGUCUGUGCUGAGGCGACGCAGAGUCAGGUGUAAGCGCUGUGAGGCCUGCAUAAGACCAGAGUGUGGAGACUGUAACUUCUGCAGGGACAUGAAGAAGUUUGGUGGACCGGGGAAGCUCAAGCAGACCUGUGUGCUGCGGCAGUGUUUAUCUCCGGGCCUUCCUCUGUCUGCAGUGUGUGAGAUCUGCAAGGAGCCCAAUCAGGAGGAGACCGGAGACCCGUCCCUGACUCUGAUGGAGUGCUCCAACUGUGCUCAGAUCGUCCAUCCUGCCUGCCUCACGGUUCAGGGUGAAGGAGUGGUGAACAAAGACCUGCCCAGCUGCUGGGAGUGUCCCAAGUGUGUGAUGGGGAUCACAGAGAGAGAGUCUAAAGGCAAUAGCAGUGAAAGUCUUCCACUAAAGAGGAAGUCGUCUUCUCUGCUGGAUGCUCGGAUGGCUAAGAUUUACCGCCGGCACCUGCACAGCCGCAAUGAGGACGACUCGGCCAGUGAUGAUGAUGAUGAAGCGUCUCACAGGAGGAAGAUGGUCCAUCCACGAGGGGGCCAUUCUUCCAGAAGGGCCUUUGGAGCCAGCAGGAGGGGUCUGCUAAGAGGAGGCUCCUCCCACAGAGGGAGCAGAGGAGGCCUGGUGGGUCACGGCUCCGCCUCCGUCCUCAGGCUGAAGAGAGGGAUGGGCAUGAGGGAGGCGGGGCGGAGAGGACGGGGCGUGAGGCUGCGCGGGGGUUCCAGGAUGCAGCGCCGAGGAGACGAAUCCGACGAGUCGGAUGAUGAUGACGAAGAUGAUGAAGACGAUGAUGAAGAUGAUGAUGAUGAAGAGGAAGAGGAUUGCGACAGUGAAGGAGAGAAAGAACGACUCCAUCGUAGACACAGGAGGAGACGCAGGGCUGACUAUGAUGACGAUGAAGAUGACAGCGAGGAGCAGGAGUAUGACCCUGAUGAGGGGGACAUGGAUGCAGCAGAGGAUGAAGAGGAGAAGCAGGAUGAGGAGGAAACGGAGGAGGAAGGACGCUGGGAUUCAGACCCAGAACCCCCCGUCCUCCUGGUAUCUGACCUGAGCGACGACCUGCUGAGUGGCUCCUACCUGACAGUCACUCUGCAACAGCCACACAAGGCCCAGAGGCACUCAGGUUCCAUCGUUCCUAAACUGGAAGCAGCCAUGGGCCCCAGGGCAGCUGGAGGUGGAGGUGGGGGUCAGCAGGGCUUCAUCCAGAGAAAGGCAGCUCUGUCCAGACCUUCACGGCUCAGAACCUCCGACUCCACAGCUGACAGUCUUGCUCCUAGAGGACCGGGCAGGCCUCGUCUUCGCGGUAGCCACAGCGACAGAGGAACCAGGACUCACUCUGCAUCUUCUUCAGGAGAUGAGGAGGCUGCUGCUCCGCCUGCGUCCUCCUCCCUGCUGGCUCUGCCAUCCUUUAAGGAUGUGGGUGGUGACAGAGGAGGGGAGAAGGAGGUUUGGGUGUCUGUGUUCAGAUACCUGAACAGGGCAGAGCUGCUGGCCUGCAUGACCGUCUGUAAGGCCUGGUACAGGUGGAGCUGCGAUAAACGUCUGUGGAGUCACAUCGAUGUGAGUCGCUGCAGCCCGCUCAGUAACCAGGCCCUGGCAGGAAUCAUCAAACGCCAGCCGUCCUCCCUGGACCUGUCCUGGACGCCCCUGGCCAGGAGACAGCUCAACUGCCUGCUCACCAGACUUCCAGGUCUGAGGGAGCUCAGGGUGACCGGUCUUCCCUGGUCCUGUCUAGAAGCUCUGGUCUCUCCCACUCUGCCCCAGCUGAAGCUUCUGGACCUGCGGUGGUGUGACGGAGUGAAAGACGCCCAGAUUAAAGAGAUCAUCUGCCCGCCAGGACUUGAGUCGUCCCGCAGCAGGCUGAGGAACAUGGUGACGCUGCACCUGUCCGGUCUGGAGGUCUGCGAGUCCACUCUGAGGCUGCUGCAGCGCCACAUGCCCCAGCUGGAGAGGCUGGACCUGGCUCACUGCAAGGACAUCACUGAUUCCUCUGUCGGCCUGCUGGCAGCCAGCGGGACCCACACCCGCAACAACCUGACGGAGCUCACGCUGGCAGGCUGCAACGAGCUGACGGACAGCUGUCUGUCCUACCUGAAGCGUCUGCCAUCUCUGACUCUGCUGGACCUCAGAGGCUGUAAAGGUGUGAGCAGACGGGCCUGUGACGCCUUCAUCUCGGACCUGUCCCACGUGGCCCUGUUCUGUAUGAUGGAGGAGAAGCUGAUCCAGCGCCUCGACUGACUCCUGCAGCUGGUAGUCUCCAUAGUAACCUGGUGCUUCAGAAGGCGCCGGUCUGGACGAAAAACCUCACGGAUCAUCUGUUUGUUGAUCUGAUAAACUUGAGUGGAUUAAAACCCUGAUAUGUUUCCUCAGACUGCAGAACAUCAGACUCAUCUGUCCAGAUGUGGCUGGUUAGUAAAAACUGGAUUUGGUUGUAUUCAUGUGUGUCCAGUGUUACAAAAAGAAGAUCAGAUAUUUAUCUUCUGGGAGGAAGAAAAUAAGAUGAAAAAGAUAAAAAAAGACAUUUUUUGUUCUAUCGUUACUGAACCUGAAGUGAGGAGGUGUUUGCUGUUGAUGUAGCUGCAUUUUAUUUGAACGUUAAUAAAUGUGUGUGUGUUAAAUGAUGACACAAAGGGUCAGGAUGCAGUGGAAAUGCUGUCAGAGGUGCUUUCUCUUCAGAAUAAACUGACACAUUGAUCUAACCUGCUGCUUGGACUCACCUGGAUGUUUUGAUUGUCCGGGUUUCUCCAGAAAAUGUCCCACAAAGAGGCAUCAAUGCUCGGGUGAAAGCAGGACUGCAGAGCUGGAACCAGCUGACAGCCGGAGUUUAUUCUCUCGAUUCCCAGAGGAAGAUGUUAUCAGAACAUGCUGACAUGGUCUAAACCAAACUGGACCGACAUCUUGCUCUGCUAUUGGUGGAUUUCUCACUUUCAUUGAUUAUUAAAGGUAGACCAGUUUGAGCUGGUU